AUGGACGCUUUGCCCAAGAUCAAGUGCUCUGACUGCCAUGCGGAAGUCGAGCUGGUUGCGCUUGGUGACCAUGUUUGCUCAAAAGUCGCGGGUCCUACGGUGACAGCUUCUCCUGUUGAGGAGAAAUUGUCUGUAGUAUCAGAGUUCAACGAACACGGCCCGCCACCGAAACGGAGUCUCAGUCGUGAGUCCUUGUUCAACAGAUUAGGCCGCGUACAGCCCCCUCCAAAGAUAGACCCAACUGCUGCCAAUCGGCCAUUUCUAUCUCCUGGUGCCCAGAUGUCUCCUCUCACCGGAAGCUUUGGAGCACUCACUCCACGGUCUGCCUCACCGCUUUCUCCUCUUCAGCAGCUGCAGCGAAGUCAUACCAGUCCUGUAGCCUCGCAAUCUCCGGUUGUUGCCGUUGUGCCUGAAGGGAAGGCCAAUCUAGACUGUGCUUUUCCACCUUUCCCUAGGUCAGCCUCUGCAGGCGGAUCAAAAUCCAAAAGACUUGCUUCUAUAAAAUCUAUAAACACCAAUGUUUCCUCUCGCAAAGGAGUCACCUCUCCAUCACCUUCAGAUGGAAGCUACAUGUCCCCAUCAAGUGAUGGCCGAAGCUCACGCGCAACAACCGUCAACAGACAUAGACGAGAGACAUCGAUAGACAGCAAGGCCUUCCAGCGCUUAUCCAUGGCCAGCUCUAGGAAUGGACAUGGGCUUCCUUCUCCGGUUUCACCUAGAGGAUCAUCCCGAGGUCGGUUUGGGGACGGGGAUAUUCCUCCGCUCCCGUCAGGGCCUAUCGCUAGCCUCGCCAGCAGCCCCAUGCUCACAUCAGCCAAUUUAGAAUCUCCUUAUUUUGGCGGAAACGAUCACAGUGAUAAUGGCACUCAGGAUCACGACCUUGGACGCGAUGAGAUCUCACCUAGGGAUAAAGUACGACAACUAGACGGUAUGGAAGGGCUGGAUUUCGGAUUUGGUACAAGAACCAAGUCUCCUGAGCUGAUGGACAUUGAUGAAACCAUGGAGUUAGACGAGUCAGAAGAGGCCUUAGACAGCCCUGGCCCGUCCGUUCCAGAGUACAAAGUCGAUAGAGAGUUCUCCGUCUCACACUUCGCCAGUGGCCUUGGUCUCAGCGAUCCAUGCCAUACUGCCAAUGAUUCAACUUCGUCUUCCAACUCGUCACCGUCUGAAGCACCCUCGAAUAGUUCUUUUUCAAGCAGACCAUCCGAGUUCUCGAGUGUUUCUGAGCCUAAGUUAAGCUUGUCGGAGAAAUUCAAUGUCGACCAUCUACACCUCCUCCAAGAAGAGCCGCCAACCCGGCCAAAAGCAGAUCCAUUCGCUUACGACCUCGACUCUCCGACCGAUCCUCUAUUCCAGCAGGGUCGGCUCUCCGAUCCUCCUGCCAGUAUCUUCCCAUCCAGCUCGGGGACAGGAUACAACACUCCGCCGUCACAGCUCGAGCCAGUACAGCCAAAAAAGUAUACUCCAUACCGUUCUCCUACUCCAUCCCCUACUCUACAAGGUCCAACCCUUGAUCAACAACAGCAACAAACUCCGCCGCCGCCGCCGCCGCCGAUACAGUCCCAACAGCAACCGGAACCACAACAGAAGCAAGAAGAACAGCAGCAGCAACAGCGUCCUCCAAUACCACAAGAGGAACCACAGGCCCAACCACAGCCGCCAUCUCGAUCCACUACUCCUGGAAAACGACGUCAUCCUUGCCGUGGCUGCGGCGAAAUUAUCAUUGGAAAAUCAGUAUCCUCUGCAGAUGGUCGCUUGACAGGCCGCUAUCACAAGGCUUGUUUCGUCUGUCAUACAUGUCGCGCCCCCUUUCAAACAGCAGACUUCUAUGUUCUUGACAACCAUCCAUACUGUGCGGCAGAUUAUCAUCGGCUGAAUGGCACCCUAUGCGCAGAAUGCGGCGAAGGGAUUGAAGGUCCUUGCCUCGAGGCGGAGGACAUCAGCACACCAAAUGUAACGGACAAUAAGAAGAGUCAAAAGUUCCAUCCAGGCUGUUUCAAGUGUCGCACAUGCCACGUUGUGCUCAGAGGAGACUACUUUGAGUGGAACGGUAGCGCAUACUGUGAACGCGACGGCAGACGGGCAGCGGGCAUGAUGCCUCCACGAUCACCAGGCUAUCAUCAACCACACAACUAUCAGGGCCAUGGUCCCCAAUCCCCGCUAUCAAUGCACCCCACCGGGCCCCAUGGUCAUCCCGGCCCAGGCCCGGGAUACAGAAGGCCACCGUACCCUCCAUCACCACUCGCGGGCCCACGACAGGGCGGUCGCGGUGACCCUCGUUACCGACCUAUUAAUCCAUCGUCUCUCCGACCCAGACCGGAUAAACACAGACCACACCCGUCUGAGCACCAGUUUGUUAAUGCAUCCCUAACUCCAGCCCCCGGACUUGAUAAUGGACCAUAUCCUUCCGGCAGAAAAUUCCCAGAACGAAGAACAACAAAGCUGAUGAUGGUAUAA